AUGUCAGCACAAAUGUUUGAAUCAUUCAAGGUUAAUUCACCAAAUGUUAAAUAUACAGAUGAACAUAUUAUUUCCGAUUAUACUUAUCAAACUACCAAAGUUCAAAAUGUUAAUGGUGAAUUAAUUGUUGAACCAGUUGAUCAAAAAUAUAUUUUCAAGACUGAACGUAAAGUUCCAAGAAUGGGUGUUAUGAUUGUUGGUUUAUGUGGUAACAAUGGUACAACAGUAGUUGGUGGUGUUAUUGCCAAUCGUGAAGGUUUAUGUUGGAAUACCAAACAAGGUCUUCAAACACCAAACUAUUUUGGUUCAGUUGUUAUGUCCUCAACCAUUAGAAUGGGUAUGGAUGAAAAUGGUUGUGAUGCCUACAUUCCAUUAAAGAACUUAAUCCCAAUGGUUCAUCCAAACGAUAUUGUUUUCGGUGGUUGGGAUAUCAACAAUGCCAACUUAGCUGAUGCCAUGCAACGUGCUCAAGUUUUUGACUAUGAUUUACAAGUUCAAUUGAUUCCACACAUGAAAAACAUCACUCCACUCCCAUCCAUCUAUUUCCCAGACUUUAUCGCUGCAAAUCAAAAGGAUCGUGCCAACAAUGUUUUAACUGGUACCAAAAAGGAACAAAUGGAACAAAUUAGAAAAGAUAUUAGAGAUUUCAAAGAAUCAAACAAACUCGACACCGUCGUCGUUAUGUGGUCCGCAAACACUGAACGUUUCUCUUCACUCGUUCCAGGUGUCAAUGAUACCAUCGAAAAUUUAAUGGCCGCAAUCGAUCGUUCCGAAGAAGAAAUCUCACCAUCCACUUUAUUCGCCGUCGCCUCUAUCCUCGAAAAUACCACAUACAUCAAUGGUUCACCACAAAACACCUUUGUUCCAGCUGUCGUUGAUUUAGCCAUUCAACACAAUGUUAGCAUUGGUGGUGAUGAUUUCAAAACUGGUCAAACCAAAAUCAAAUCUGUCCUCACUGAUUAUCUCGUCAGUGCUGGUAUUAAACCAGUUUCAAUCGUUUCAUACAAUCAUUUAGGUAAUAACGAUGGUAAGAAUCUCUCUGCUCCACAACAAUUCCGUUCCAAAGAAAUUACCAAAUCAAAUGUUGUCGAUGAUAUGAUUGCCUCAAAUAACAUCCUCUACAAACAAGGUGAACACCCAGAUCACGUUAUUGUCAUCAAAUACGUCCCAUACGUAGGUGAUUCAAAGAGAGCUAUGGAUGAAUAUACCUCACAAAUCUUUAUGGGUGGUCACAAUACAAUCGUUCUCCACAACACUUGUGAAGAUUCUUUAUUAGCCGCUCCAAUUAUUUUAGAUUUAGUUAUUCUUGCUGAAGUUACUAGUCGUAUCACAAUGAAAAAACAAGAUGAUGAUCAAUUUGCUACUUUCCAUCCAGUUUUAUCAUUAUUAUCAUACCUCCUUAAAGCACCAAUUGUUCCAAAACAUGCUACCGUUGUAAAUGCACUCUUCAAACAAAGAGCCUGCAUAGAAAAUAUCUUCAAAGCAUGCGUUGGUAUCGCUCCAGAUAAUAACAUGUUAUUAGAACAAAGAUUAUAA